GAACUCUCCCCAAAAAAGAAAAAGGAUGUGCUCCACCAUGUCACACGCAAAACCUACGACAGUGUGAGACACACGCUCAUCCACCCGCCAGCCUCGGAAAACCACAAUACGAUUAUUCUGUUUGAUGGGUAUCUAGUAGCUGCAGGUCAUAUCACCACACUGUAAUGAGUCAUCUUAGACAACAUGAGUAGGAGGUUUCCUGGUUUAUCCGCUGUCCUCUCCUUUUUAUUACGACUGAGUAAUGUCUUUGGUAUGUAGACACACACCGCCAUGACGCCUGGCUAGAGAGAACAAGAAGAAUCGUGUCGGUCACCCUGUUCUCGUGUUGUGUCGGGACCUUCCCCUUGUGACGUUGACAUCGACCCUCGUUAUCUCUACGAGCGCCUUGUGUUGUGCUGAAGUAGUCCACGCACCCUGGUGCAGGUGCACGCCGCAGGUAAGGUUGCAGCAAGCCUGUGUUACUUCGCACGAAACACAACCAACCGUGGGGCCGGCCAACGGCGUACAUCAAGCGUCUGGACGCGUGUGUGUGGGGGAACACCAAGCAACAGCGACGAUCUGUGUUUUCCAGCUGAGACUGUACACUGACCUUUAACCCUUCGCCUGCUGUUGUACCUGUAUUGACACACCGGUGUACAACGACAAGCCAGGUGCGCAAAAUUGAAAAGGCAGAUGAAUCUGUGACGGAACAACAGAAAGUGACAAAAGGAGGAGGAUAUCCAGGUGAUAACUGAAGAUUGGAACUCAGGUGACUGAAUACAGGGAGGAUGGCCUGGGCAGCUUCAACCAUACUUCGGCUUUUGAUUACCAUGCUGGGCACACUAGCGCUGUCAGAUGCUGAAGAAAUCCGAGUUCCCCCGUCUAUCGUGUCACCAGAAGUGCCUCGGAAGUCAGUUUACCCAGAAAAGAGUAAGGUGGAAGUGAAAUGUAGUGCCACUGGAGUACCAGCUCCUUUAUACAAGUGGACGUGGAAUGGAAAUGACAUAAACAUAAACAAUCAGUAUUUCACAGUCAGUGCAACAACAGGACUCCUGACAAUCCCCAGCCUCACUACAAGAGAAGAAGGCUUGUUUGUGUGUUAUGCCAGCGUUACCUUUACUAAUGGGAUGACAGCCACUGGUGCUUCUGCAUCACAAGAAAUCCGAGUAGGCCGUAUAGAAGACUUCAUAAAAAGGCCUCUUGAAUCGUACAUUGGUAGAGAAGGAGACUAUGCAUAAUUCAUUGUGACAAAAUCUUCCAGUGUACUAUGGAGACGUGACUUUCAAGUGGUACACAGUUACAGGUUCAGUAAAUAGUGAAGUCGGGAUAAAUGAACGAAUUUUCAUUGACCAAGCAGGCAAUUUGCACUUUUCUUACCUACUGAGGACAGAUCAGAUGACCGGAGGCACUCUGUACAAGUGUGCAAUCUCUAGUGUUACGGGUAGUGUCAUCAGACUUGGUAAUGAAAACAGCCUGAAUGUCACAACCGUCACACCCAUUCCAAACUCCGCACCGAAACUUCAGUAUAAUACAUCCGGCUCAUUCCUCACUGUGGAAAUUGGGAAUAAUGCCACACUUGAGUGCAUCUUCAGCGGAUACAUUGCAAGCAGCAUCCCAUCAGAGAUUGUUCCCAAAAUCACCUGGUUUGACCAGGAAGGACGAGCCAUCACACAAGGAGGUCGCUAUGAUAUUACCGCAAAUGGCCAUGCUCUUACAAUUAUUAAUGUGACAGAAGAUGAUGAGAAAACCUACCGUUGCAGAGGAUUCAAUUCACUUGGGUUACUGCUGAAGGAAGCCUGGCUCUCAAUGUUACAUCACCUCCCAUUUGGGAUACAACAUUUGAAGUCAGUGACAGCUGUAGAAGGGAGCGAUGCUGUGUUUACUUGUAUCACCCGAUCUGCAAAGGGUGAACAGAGCCCCAAUCAGCCACUUUGGGCCCUGAAUACAAAACAACUGGGCUCCACCUAUGAUCCCAACAAGUACCAGUUCAAUGCUAACAAAACUACACUGACAGUCAAGUCUGUUAACAAGGAUACAGACAUCGCCUGUUUCCAGUGCACUGUGGCUAACAGUGUUGGCAUGGUUCAAAAUGAUGGCUGUGUCAAUGUCAUUAAGCCAAUUGAGAUCAAAGUAAGACCAGAAGCUCAACAGUCACUUCAGCAAGAUGAAGUGGACCUGACUGUUGUGGCCUCCACAGACCCACUCUAUGCACCUAACAUGACUUACUCCUGGAUCUUCAAAAAUGUGACUUACACUGGUAACAAAGCUCCACCACAUGUAACCUAUGACCUUGUCAACAACCGGGCUUACAUCAACACCUCUGGACUCACUGAUGAGAAGUUAGAGGAUAUUGCUGGUCUUUACCGCAGGGUUGUCGCCCAUCCAUUUCAAACGGUGUAUGUCGACGUUACUGUGACGACAGAAGCUGUAUCUGAAACCGUUGCUGCUGCUUCUUUCGACUUCUGGAUCAUCGGUCUUAUUAUUGGCCUCAUUAUCAUCAUCAUUGUCAUCUUACUCAUCAUCUAUAUCAUAUGUCGCCGGAAGAUGCUAGAAGGAACCUACCCAGUUGACAAGAAGGAGACAGCUGCUGGGCAUGACCCAGAAGAACUGAAGGACAGUGGUUUCCACGAGCUGUCUAGAGCUGACUACGAUGAACACCCCGAGAAAAAGUCACAGGUAAACCUUAAGUUUGAAGACAUACCUGAUGGAGAGGGCGAUGAGGAGAGCUUCUCUGAGUAUGGCGAGGAGCCGACGAAAUUUAACGAGGAUGGAUCUUUUAUUGGUGUCUACGCUGAUGACACGAAGAAACCUCCACAACACCUUACCUCCACAGAAUCACUUGUGUAAAGCAUCAUUCAGAAUGAAGGAGUAUACAAAGGUUUGAGGAUGUGUGUUGAUGGUACAAUGAGUUCUGUUCUUUUGUGUUCAGAAGACUAACUGUUUGUGGAACAGGUACUGGAUAAGCAUAGCUUCAAGAGCAUUAUUAAAUAAAAAAUUAUGUCCAGAUAGUUACAUGAAAUGUUUUUAAUCAUUUUACUUACAUUGUUCUUCAUGCUUACAUUCGCAUCAAGGUAGUUUUGAUUUUUUACAAUGAAUGAAUUGAAAAGGGUGGGAGAUUUUUCUGAAAUCUUUCAAGAAAAUACUAGGAUUUUAUAUUGCUAAAAUGUACUUUUGUAAUGCUACUGCCCUGUAGACAAAGAGUGGUAAGAAUGAUGUGUGCCUUUUUAUGUAUUGUGUAAAGUCAUCUCAUCUUACGAAAUGUCCUCAGUACAAUCAACCAUUGUUUGAGAUUGGCUUAGGUAUGUACAAGGAUGUCUGACUCAUUUGUUGUGAAGAAGAUAUGCAUAUGCCUGUUCAUGCUUACUUUCUUAUAUCGUGAUGCAAGUUUAAUAGUUUUAUUACAUUUUCUGUUGUAGUCCAAUCUUGUUAGUUUUUUUCCCGCUUGACUUUUGUCUCGGUGUCUCUCUCUCUCUGUAAGAUGUUUAACCAGUAAAUACACACUGAUUGGGUUUUUAUAUGAAAAAAGGCAGCCAAAUAAUGAAAUGUUGCACAUUAUAAUUGAGUUGUGUUGAUUAACAAACCAAUAAGGAAAACUGUUACAGCAUCUGACUUUUUUGAGUAUCGGAUACUUUGUUGCAGCAGUUAAUUUUGAUGACUUUUUUAUGUAUAUAAAGGCACUUCUCGGCAAUUCUUCAAUGUAAAGGGAGUACUUAGUUGACAGUUCUUUGGGCUGCAUGUCGGAGUCUUCAGCUUUAAUAUUUUAACACAAAUAAACUUGCUCUCGAGACCGAAGCUUGAGCCAAGAGGGCAAAGACUCGGGAGAAACAUUGGAACAUUAGGGCUAGAGAAUCUUGACACAAGGAGCUGGUCAGCGACAGUUGACAGUUGGGACUGCCAGCGGCCAUCAGGAAGACACAGGGACUCUUGACCAUGACAUGUUACCUGUGAGAGAUAGAAGUUCAAACUCAUGGCCAGCAAUAGGUCGCCAUUCUUAAAGGAGAAGGUCCACAGUCCAACGCACCGAACAGGGGAGUGAGGGGGAACUAAGGCUAUAUAUAAAUCACGGGAAAAAUAUACCCAAUAAUUAAUUAUUGUGUAGUAAACAGCUAAAGACUGUAGCAUCCAUAUCCAUUUGCGAUUUUUUGCCAACAGCUUUUAUUUUUAAGUGAAUCUACUACGGUUUACUCAAGUACCAUGAUAAAACAAGGCUCUAAUAAUAAAGGGUAGUGAAAAAAUGGAUGUUUUACAAAACUUUUUUCAGGGUUCUAUCUUGAACAUUCUUCUCUCAUUGACAGACAGAAUGACCAUGCAUUUUAUUUCACUCAUAGCGCAGGGGUUUCCCCUCGAGUUCUAAUCUUUUUUUUCUGUAUGUACGUUCUUUGUUAUGGAGAGUUUUAUUUGAACACUGUAUUUUCACACCAUGUAUCAACGACAGGUUGCAUUGAUUUUCGUUAAUAAAUUUUGCUUAUUUUUAGAAAAA